UGUUAUUUUCAUUUUCAUUUAGUUUUCAAUUUUUUAAAAAGAAAAUAAUUUUUGUUUUUUCGUUCGUUAAUCUGUUUGAUUACAAUUUUAUUUAUUUGUUGACAUUUUCUUUAUAAUCCAGGAUGCGACGUUCAAUUAUGAUAUUGUUACGUAAUAAUCUUAUGAAUCCUAAUCAUCAUCAUAAUUCCUAUAGACAACAGCAUUUAUCAAUGUUAAAUGAUUUGAAAAAUAAUAAUAAUAAUAUCAUUAUAUUAUCACAAAGAUCAUUAUUUGAUCUACCAUUUCAAUCAUCAAAAUCUGAAGAUUUAAAUAAUGAUAAUAAUAAUCGUCAUGUAUUUACUGAACAAAGAAUUGUUAGAUUUACAAAAAAACAAAUAUUCAAUGUUGUUGCAAAUGUUGAUGAUUAUGAUCAAUUUUUACCAAAUUGUUUAGAAUCAACAGUACGAUCACGAACAGAUGAUCGUAUGGAAGCAGAAUUAAUUGUUGGUUAUCCACCAUUAAUAACUGAAAAAUAUAAAUCAAUUAUUUAUAUGGAUAAACCGAAUCGUUUAUUAGUAAAAGGUAUCGAUAGUACAAUAUUAAAAUUUUUAGAAUCUGAAUGGAAAUUUGAAGAAUUGAAUAAAAAACGUACGCUAGUUACAUUCAAUGUACAAUUUGAAUUCUAUUCAACAAUACAUUCACGUUUUAUGAGUUUAUUUUUUGAUGAUUUUACUCGGAAAACAAUGAAAGCAUUUUUAGAUCGUGCUUAUAUUAUUUAUAGUGCUGAUCCAUUAUAUUUUGAUACAACAAAUGAUCACGAUAAAUCUUAAUCCAUCGAUCAAUCAAUCAACCAUCAAAA